UGCGUCAAAGCAGCUCCCCGCACGGAGGACACGACAAGCUCCCAAGAUGGCGGCGGCCGACAGAGUCGUCGCGGAGGAGGGGAGGCUGACGCACUUCCGGGACUACCCCUUCUUCGUGAUGCAACUUCCUGCCCCCUCCCUGGAGCCUUCUGCGCGAGACGCCGUUGCCAUGGCAGCGCUCUAGGCACCGGGCUAGGAUUUGUGGGGGAUGCCCUGAGGCGCUGGCGCGCCGCGGGCAGUUCCAAGAGCCCACCAGACCGAAAGGGCUGAGGCUGCGACGCAGGAGACUGGGGAGACGUUCUAUACCACUCGCCGGACGCUCUCCGCACACACCCCACGGCCCUGGCCCCCUUCUUUACUCCAAAGUGCUGCCCUAGAAGCAUCAUGGCUUGAAGACAGAGCAGAGAUGUUGGACUCAAGAACCCUAGCUCCCUGAGUGACCUUGGCUUCAUCCCCUAAUUUCCAGAGCCUCAGGUUCCUCGUCUGUAUAAAGGAGGCAGAUUCAGGAAGUAGUGCACGGGACUGAAGAGCGACUCCAGGCCAGCCCUGCACUGGAGACAGGAAACCAGGCAUCUGGGUGAGCCUCUGACCUGAGUCCCAGAGCCCACAGGCCAGACAUCCAGCCUCACAGGCAGGAGCCACGAGGAUGGCCCACCUGCUGGGCAGCCAGUCCUGCAUGGACAGUCUACGUAAGGACCUUACCGACCUGCAGGGCGCCAUCGUGGAUGUGUUCUCUCGUGCCGGACCCGUGCGCUUCCCCUCCUGGAAGUUCCCUGAUCGUGUGGCCUGCGACCUGGACAUGGUGGCCCUGUUAGAGCAUUAUGACCACGUGCCAGGUGACCCCGAGUUCACGCAGCUGUCCCAUGCUGUUCUGCUGGAGCUGGUCAUCGACAGGCUCCUGCUGCUGCUUCAGAGCUGCACGAGCUACUUGGAGAACCUCGGUUCAGAGCAGACAGUGCCUGCUACCCGGGCUGUGGGGCCCUGCAUGUCUGUGGGGCUCACGGUGCGACGCUUCUGGAACAGCCUGUUGAGGCUGGGCAUGAUCUACCAGCAGGCAGCCCCCCAGAAAAGAGUAAACCAAGGGGAGAACCUCACCUCCAAGCCCACCGCCAAGGGCGAGCCAGCCAGGAGCCCUGAGCUUGUGACUGCCAAGUUCCUCAAACCCCCCUCCCCAACACCACGCUUGUCCCAGACCUGCCAAGAGCCGGAGAGCCUCCCCAUCAGAGUCUCCCCACAGUGUCCAGCCAGCACUUCCAAGAACAGCAGGAGUAUUCACUCCCAGACGGUGGAGACAGCCCUUGUGCCCUGUGAUGCAUGCACCAGCGUCCAAAGCAGCCUGCGGGAGGUGGGCAAGGCGGUCAUCAGCCUGUGUCAGAGCCAGAACCUGCCCUCAUCCUUAGGCCAGUUCCAGCAGCUGGUGCGGGACAGCAUGGGCCUCAGGCCGCUGCCAGCCGCCACCAUGGGCCACUGGGCAGCCGAGCAGAGCAAAGACCUGACACGCCUCACUAAGCACAUGGGGGCCCUCACUCAGCUGGUCGGGCCGCUCAGAGCCCAGCUGGAGGAGACCGAGGGACAGAAGGACGGACUGCAAAAGCAGGUGGGCCAGCUGGAGCAGGCACUGCAGCAGGAGCAGGGGGAGCGGCAGCGACAGGCGGAGGAGGCCACACAGCAACUGGCGGAGUGGGAGUGCCACAGGCAGCAGCUGCUCACAGAAACAAGUGACCUCAAGACGAAGGUGGCCACCCUAGAGGGGGAGCUGAAGCAGCAACAGGAGGCCAUGCAGGCCUUGGAGACGAAGGCGCGGCAGUUUCAGGAGGAGGCUGAGCGCAGGGCAGAGGCUGAGAGGCAGGUGCAGCAGCUGGAGGAUCAGGUGCAGCUGCUGGCCGGGCGGCUGGACGGGGCCAGCCAGCAGAUCCGCUGGGCCAGCACCGAGCUGGACAAGGAGAAGGCCCGUGUUGACAGCAUGGUCCGCCACCAGGAGUCCCUGCAGUCCAAACAGCGAGCCCUGCUACAGCAGCUGGACAACCUGGACCAAGAGCGUGAGGAGCUUCGGGGCAGCCUGGAUGAGGCCGAGGCCCAGCGGGCCCAGGUGGAGGAGCAGCUGCAGAGCUUACAGAGCGAGAGGGAGCUGGGGCAGAGCCAGCUCCUGGCCCAGCAGGAGCUGCUGCAGAGCCUGCAACAGGAGAAGCAAGGCCUGGAGCAGGCCACGACGGAUCUGCGGCUGACCAUAUCAGAGCUGGAACGUGAGCUCACAGAGCUGAGGGAGCGGGAGCGGCUGCUGGUGGCCUUCCCAGACCUGCACAGACCCAUCAAGGCCCAGAUCCCAAGCUCCGGCAAUGUUACUGAUGACAUGGAGAGGCAGGUACAGGCCAACAACAUCCGCAUCCAGGUCCUACAGGAGGAGAAUGGGCGGCUCCAGUCUAUGCUGUCCAAAAUCCGGGAGGUAGCCCAGCAGGGAAGCCUGAAGCUGAUUCCACAGGACCAGCUUUGGGCCCCUCCCAGCCAAGGAAUCCAGAGAACAGUGCCCCCAGCCCAGGCCCAGAAUGCUUCUCCAGGGCCCCUGGGCAGGCGGCACCUGCCUAGCAGCAGGACAGCCAGCAUGGGCAGGACCCUCCCAUGCCAGCUCCGGGAAUCCCCACCUCAGCAGUCCUGCAGUCGGCCUGGCAGGUCCUCCCUGGAGGACAUGACCCAUUCAACCAACUGUGCUCAGAACCCCAUCCGGGCCUUGGCCAGGCUGAGGAGGAGACUGUCACCAGGCCAGAGCCCGGCCAGCCCUGCAUACCAGCCCCAGGAGCGGCCCAUGUAGCCUGCCGUGUGGUGGGGCUGGAGGGCAUGUGGCUGGCAACCCGUUCCAUGUAAUAAAGCCCCUGCCAUCUGCCCACAGCACCCUUGGCCUCACAGCACUGGCUGAGUCAGAGGCAGAGUCCUUCCUCCCCCAUUCUGGGUGGGGACCACUGAGUCCCCAGCCAUGUAGGUCGUCUGCUGGCAGAAGCCUAGCACACUGUCCUGACAGGACAGUGGGAAAAGAGGGCACACAAAGGACAGCAAGAAGCUUUGCACCUGGGCCAGGUGAAAGGUAGUCUUUUGAUCCCCAGAGCAAGCACAAAAGGUUGACAGACUCAGUGACCCUACCCAUGGAGCGUAGUAGAGUCAGGGUAGGGGUAGGUCAGGGAAGGAGAGCAGCUGCCAAGGUAGGCCUGGUGAGGAAGGAGUCAGAGAAGGGGUUCCUGGCUCUAGGGCCUCCUACCCCCAGCUCUGAACCCAGGAUGGGGACAUUAAGGACCCAAAAAAGUCCGUUAUCCUUUUUACUAAGAAACUCUUCACCUUCAGGAAAUGUGAGUCAAAAGGAUUUCUCUAAAUCUGGGAGGUUGGAUCCCUAGAAGGCAGGGCAAGGCCUCACCUAACCCGACAGCAGGACCCCCAGCAAGCCCUGGAUUUCCCAGGCCUGUCUCUUGGGCCCUGGCACUCGUGCCACCCAGCCAUGCUGGGCCCACAGUCCAGUUCUCUCCACGAAGCCUCCAGCCUGCCCUGGGUCAGGCUCUAAGGCCUUGCUGAGGACUUCUCAGAGUGGGCACUCCCAGCUUCCUGUGACAUCUUCCCCAGGAGAGGAGGCCAGCAGGGAGAGUGCCUCAGUUUACAAGAAAGGCCAAGAGGGGCCAUGUGUGUAGCUAAAUGGGCAUGGCCGCUACCUGCCCAACUCCAGCUUCUGUGGAGCCUGGCGUUGUGGAGGGAGGCUGGGAUGCCCUGGCCCUCACGGGCGAAAGCCAGCCCUUGGGGUGGGGUCUCUGAGGCAAGACACGUGGGUCCAAGUCCAGGGUAGGACCAAUCACAGCUCAUCUCCCCUCUGCUCACAGUUCUGGAGGUCAGGAGUUCAGGCCCUGUAUCUGGGUUUUCUGUUCAGAAUCUUAGAAGACUCACGUCAAAGUAUCUGCCAGGUUACAUUCUUUUCCGACAGCUCUGGGAAAGGACCCACUCCCAGGCUCAUUCUGACCGCUGGCAGAAUUCCGAUCCUUGCAGCUGUAGGACUGAGGUCCAUCUCCCCAAUGGCUGCUGUCAGCAGGGGCCACUCUUAGCACUCAGAAGUGUCUGCCUUCCUUGCCACGUGGCCCCCUCCAUCUUCAAGUCAGCAACAGAGAAUUUCUCACACACUGAAUGCCCUUCUUGCUUCAACUUUCUGACUUCCUAUUCUUCCACUGGGCCAGUGAAAACUCUCUGCUUCUAAUGGGCUCUCAUGGUUAGGUCAGACCCUCUUGGAUACUUUCCCUAUCUUAAGAUCAACCCUGCCAUAUAACCUCAUCAUGGGGGUAAAAUCUAUUACACUCCCCAUUGCAGGUUUACAACAAGGCGUGUCCAUGAGGGCUGGGGGCAGGGUAUCUUGAAGCCUGUCUUAGAAUCCCCCCUCACAGGCAGCAGAGCCCAAGGCGACUUUUCUGUCUUAAGACAUCCACACAAAUCUGAUCUCUUUAUGUUAAAAUAUAUCCAUG